GAGAGAGAGAGAGAAUUAAUGUCAGGCAGGCGCAGUAGCAGACUCCUAUAUCCGACACGGAGACGGACGGUGCCAGCUGCUAGCUAAGUUAGCUAUAGUAGACAGUUAACGUUAGCAACUAGCUUCAGCGUCUUAGCGCCUUUACUACACAUGGUAUAAGGGCUUGAGCAAGAGAGUGUGUGUGUGACAGGGUGUGUCGACAGUUGAGUGCCCGUUUGGCCAUCCCGAAGUCACUUCGUGUGUUUGUGUGUACCUGUGUGUGCGUGCACGAGUGUGUGUGUGUAUAAACUCCCCUAUUCCUCUACUGAGUAGUCAGGAUCUCUGUGAUUGUGUGUGCGAGGUUAGCACUAAGUGAAGAAAACAUAAACACUGAUAGUCGACUGUUAACAUCCCGUGUCCGGUAACCAGCGGAUUCACAUCAUUUACUGACACCGACACAGCACCACCAUGAUGUUGAGGUACACUGUAGUCCGAGGCGGCCUCGGCCUGUUGACCGUGAGGAGGGCGUGUCUUUCCCCCCGCCUCACCCACUCUGCCCCGAAGACCGAGUAUCGACCAAUCAAGAAAGUCAUGGUGGCCAAUAGAGGUGAAAUCGCCAUCCGUGUGUUUAGAGCCUGCACCGAGCUGGGGAUUCGAACCGUGGCCGUCUACUCUGAGCAAGACACUGGACAAAUGCACAGGCAGAAGGCAGACGAGGCUUACCUGAUUGGAAAAGGCCUGCCACCUGUUGCGGCAUACCUGGACAUUCCUGACAUCAUCAAAGUAGCCAAGAACAACAAUGUGGAUGCCAUCCACCCAGGCUACGGUUUCCUCUCCGAGCGUGCAGACUUUGCCCAGGCCUGCGCAGACGCAGGGGUGAUGUUCAUAGGACCAAGCCCAGAAACGGUCCGCAAGAUGGGAGACAAGGUGGAGGCUCGUUCCCUGGCCAUCAGUGCAGGUGUACCCGUGGUCCCAGGAACAGAAUACCCCAUCACCUGCCUGCAGGAUGCGCAGGUGUUCACCCAGACGUACGGCUUCCCCAUCAUCUUCAAAGCAGCCUACGGUGGAGGUGGUCGUGGCAUGAGGGUGGUCAGAGAGUACGAGGAACUUGAGGAGAAUUACCAGCGGGCCUACUCUGAAGCCCUGACGGCUUUCGGCAACGGAUCUCUGUUUGUUGAGAAAUUUAUUGAAAAGCCAAGACACAUUGAAGUACAGAUCCUCGGCGAUAAAUAUGGUAAUGUCAUCCACCUCUAUGAGAGAGACUGCUCCAUUCAGCGGAGACACCAAAAGGUUGUGGAGAUUGCACCUGCUUUCCAACUGGACCCUCAUCUGAGAGACCGACUCCACGCUGAUGCUGUCAACCUCGCCAAACUGGUGGGCUAUGAGAACGCAGGGACUGUGGAGUUCCUGGUCGACAGACACGGCAAACACUACUUCAUCGAGGUCAACUCUCGACUCCAGGUUGAACACACGGUCACCGAAGAAAUCACUGAUGUGGACCUGGUGCAUGCCCAGCUGCGUGUGUGUGAGGGCCGCAGCCUGCCAGAACUGGGCCUCAGACAAGACAAGAUCAGGGUCAAUGGCUGUGCAAUCCAGUGCAGAGUGACGACCGAAGACCCGUCCAGAGGCUUCCAGCCAGACACCGGAAGGAUUGAGGUCUUCCGAAGCGGCGAAGGCAUGGGCAUCCGCCUAGACAGCGCCUCGGCCUUCCAGGGUGCGGUCAUUUCGCCCCACUACGACUCUCUGUUGGUAAAAGUCAUCGCCAGUGGAAAGGACCUGCAGACGGCAGCUUCCAAGAUGAGCCGAGCCCUGGCCGAGUUCAGAGUGCGAGGGGUCAAGACCAACAUCCCGUUCCUCCAGAAUGUUUUUGCCAACCACCAGUUCCUCCACUCCACCGUGGACACCCAGUUCAUCGACGAGAACCAGGAACUCUUCAACCUCAAACCCACUCAGAACCGAGCCCAGAAACUACUGCACUACCUGGGUCAUGUGAUGGUAAAUGGACCAACCACACCCAUCCCAGUCAAGGCUAAGCCUUCCUCCAUAGACCCUGUCAUCCCUCCUGGCAUUUUGGGCGACCCUCCGGUCGGUUUCCGUGACAUUUUGCUGCGCGAUGGUCCUGAGGGAUUCGCCAAGGCUGUCCGCGCUCACCAAGGUCUGUUGCUAAUGGAUACCACCUUCAGGGAUGCCCACCAGUCGCUCCUGGCAACCAGGGUUCGGACCCACGACCUGAAGAUGAUCUCGCCAUUUGUCAGCCACAACUUCAGCAACCUUUUCAGCCUGGAGAACUGGGGAGGUGCUACCUUUGAUGUGGCCAUGCGCUUCCUGUCAGAGUGCCCAUGGAAGAGACUCCAGGAGCUGAGAGCUUUGAUCCCAAACGUCCCAUUCCAGAUGCUGCUGAGAGGGGCCAACGCCGUGGGCUACACCAACUACCCUGACAACGCUGUCUUUAAGUUCUGUGAGGUGGCCAAGGAGAACGGCAUGGACAUCUUCCGCGUGUUUGAUUCCUUGAACUACCUGCCUAACAUGCUGCUGGGCAUGGAGGCUGCUGGAGCAGCAGGUGGCGUAGUGGAAGCUGCCAUCUCGUACACAGGCGACGUCUCUGACCCAAUGAGGCAGAAGUACUCUCUGGAUUACUACGUGAAACUGGCUGACGAGCUUGUCAAAGCCGGAACCCACAUCCUCUGUAUCAAGGACAUGGCUGGCCUGUUGAAGCCAGAGGCCAGUAAGCUUCUGAUCGGCUCUCUGAGAGACCGUUUCCCGGACGUACCCAUCCAUGUACACACACACGACACAGCUGGAGCCGGAGUAGCCGCCAUGCUGGCCUGUGCAGAGGCUGGAGCUGACGUAGUGGAUGUGGCUGUCGACUCUAUGGCCGGGAUGACCUCUCAGCCCAGCAUGGGAGCCAUUGUGGCGUGCGCCAAGGGGACGAAGCUCGACACCGGCAUUGCUCUGGAGAAGGUAUUUGACUACAGUGAAUAUUGGGAAGUAGCCAGAGGCCUGUAUGCUCCAUUCGACUGCACUGCCACCAUGAAAUCAGGCAACGCUGAUGUCUACGAGAACGAGAUACCCGGAGGACAGUACACCAACCUUCACUUCCAGGCUCACAGCAUGGGACUGGGAAAUAAGUUCAAGGAGGUGAAGAAGGCCUAUACUGAAGCCAACAAACUACUUGGAGACCUCAUCAAGGUGACUCCAUCCUCUAAGAUUGUGGGUGACUUGGCCCAGUUCAUGGUGCAGAACAACCUGACCAGGGCAGAAGUGGAGGAGAGGGCCGAUGAGUUGUCCUUCCCCCUGUCUGUGGUCGAGUUCCUGCAGGGAUACAUCGGGAUACCACAUGGAGGAUUCCCCGAGCCGUUCAGAUCUAAGGUGCUGAAGUCCCUUGCUCGUAUUGAGGGUCGUCCCGGCGCCUCUCUGCCACCCAUGGACUUCCAGGCCCUGGAGGUGGGACUCCGAGCUGCACACGGUGAUGAAAUCACCCCCGAAGAUGUGAUGUCAGCAGCCAUGUACCCCAAGGUGUUCCAGGAGUUCAAGGAAUUCACUGCUAACUUUGGUCCAGUGGACUGUCUCAACACCAGACUGUUCCUGGACGGACCCAAGAUCGCCGAGGAGUUUGAGGUGGAGCUGGAGAGAGGAAAGAUCCUACACAUCAAGGCGCUGGCGCUGGGUGACCUGAACAAGGCCGGCCAGAGAGAGGUCUUCUUUGAGCUGAAUGGACAGCUGAGAUCUGUGCUGGUUAAAGACACUGUCGCCAUGAAGGAAAUGAAGUUCCAUCCCAAGGCUCAGAAGUCCAUCAAGGGUCAGGUGGGAGCACCCAUGCCUGGAAAAGUCCUGGAGAUCAAAGUGGAAGUGGGAUCCAAGGUGGAGAAGGGUCAGCCGCUGUGUGUCCUCUCGGCCAUGAAGAUGGAGACCGUGGUCAACUCCCCGGUGGCCGGUACCGUUAAGGUUGUCUAUGUCACGGCCGACACCUCCCUGGAGGGAGAUGACCUGAUAAUGGAAAUCGAGGAGUAGAGUGAAAGGGGAGGGAGGGGGGGAGUGGGAGUUAGAUCAUUUGAUUCUGGAAGUGGUGAGGUUGAGGAAUAGGGAGGAUUAAAAAAAAAAAAACAGGAAUUCUUUUCAUUAACAUUUUGGCUCCCCAUUUGUACAUUUAUGCCAGGCACACAAAAUGAAGCACAUAUCCAGACACCUGAAUGGUGUAAAUAGUAGAUUAUAUGACAAUCCUAAAUAAUAUAUUAAUUCCUUAUUGAAUUGAACCACAAAUGAAACUAUUUAGUUCCCUAGAUGUGGUGAUUAGGUCAAAACAGUACAUCUAUUAAUUUCCUGUCAACGUGUGUAAAAUAACAUAUUUUAGAAAGACAUAUUAAAUGUAUUGUGAGACAUUCCAUUAAGUAAAAUGCUAGUCUUAAACGUGAUGUACUACAAAAUGAGCUAACCAUAUGUAACACUAACAGGUCUACUUGCAAUAAAAUGCCACAAUUUCCAUUUCUAUGCUGUUGAUGUUGCCUACUAUGUGUGAGUGUGUAGGUGAAACUUUAUAUUAAUGACUACUUAAUGUUUUACUUGUAAUCAGCAUGGUUCAGACAGAAAAGAAUAGAAUUGAAGAUCAUCAAAUAGAAACAAUAUUUUUGUAGCAUGCAAGACAUUAUCAAUCUCUCACAUUAGUCACACUGAAUUCUCAGAAUGAGUCACUGGUAGCAUUUAAACUAGCUUUUUUUCAUAGCUUAAAAAUCACAAUCUUUUGUCCAACCUUUUUAAAAUAUUUUCACAAGAAGAGAAGCACAAUAGAAAAAACGUAUUCUGUUACUGUAUCAGUAAUAGUAUAUGGUUUAAUUUUUGAAAGAUCUAUGCUGGUGUUGAAAAUGUUUCCCCAUUUUCACCUGUCUUUAUAAUCCCUAAGCCUUAAGUGCGUCAUAGCGACAUUGUUGAAAUGAAGCUGUAGGCCAUGUUGGAGACACCUAAACGGGCUUAGAGAUGUGAUUUGUGUUUUUACAAAGUACCUCUGUUAUAGUUUGGUUUAAAUGUGGCCCACUAAAACCAAUUGAGCUCUAUCAGCUGGAUCAUUUUAAGAGGUGUAAAGUCAGUCUUGAGGUGUCUCUGGUGUGAUGUUAAAAUUAACAUUAAAAGUUGUCAGUGGAGCAGCUCCACCCUGUCUUUUCAGAAGCAGGCAGAGAUUAUGCUGAAUGGUCUUUCUGACUGCAUGGGGAUUUUAAUGCUAGGUGCAAAUGGGAUUACAUGGUGGCGUAAUAGAGGCAUGUGGCAUUUUCUGAGCUCCGCUGAUUGAUUUAUGAAUUAAUUCUGUCAAAUGAUGUGAAAUUAGCCGGACUAAUAAGAGACUCUGGAGACUUCUAGUAGCAGCACUUGGCUUUAUAUUUCUAAUGUGUGGGUGGGUGGGGGGGGGUGUGCCAGCGAGCUAAUUUUUAAGACUAAGUCAUCCAGAGCUGAGAACACAGUCUGAAUCUUCAUACACACUGAUGCAAUAAUAAUUACGCUUACACUCCCAGCCCUUGAGUGCUGCCUGGAUCAAAAGCAAACACAACCAGAUACACCUCACUGUGGUAUGGCUAUCUCCAAAAGAUUCAAUCCAAAAGAUUUAACAGCAAUGCAGCAGCAACCUUACUCAGCUGUCAGAUCUAGCUAUGCCAGGCCUUUUAAUCUAUUUGAAGGUCUUGAACCUGAAAGUGAUUUAUGCUGAAUUGAAUGUUUAGCCACCCUGACCAGUGAAAGUAGACAGGAACAAUUGCCUAGUUCACAUAUCAAUUAAAGUAGGAAAGGAAGGGUCACAAUCUGUUUGUAAUACAGUGAAGUGUUUGGGACAGCGAGACAGAAAAGACCCUACAACAGCUUACUUUCCCAAAACGUGUGGGCAGCUUUGACAGAAUACAUUAAGCGAAACACAAAAAUUGAAGUUUGUACUUGGCUGGAUUGUUUCCAGCAUUUGUGCUCCAUUACCUGUCCCCUUUUGAACUAUGCAUCAAUACUGAGCAGUGAUGCUGCAGUUAAUUAGAACACUGAUAUUUCUCCUCACUCACCCCCGCCCACUGCCAUGCCUCACUGUAGCCUCUGGUUUUAUCAAUCUGUAAAUCUUUUGAACGAGACGUAGUUGAACUAAGGGAUUGUAUGAAUGAGUGUUUUUGACAAGCUGUUGCACAUUAAUGUAAAGUUCCCUCCUCCUCCCCUCCUUAUUGGCUCUCCUUGUCUAGCUGCUUUUCCUGUCUCAUUUCUCCUCUCUCAACAGUGUAACUUUGCACAUGUAAGAUGACGGCAUCAACUCAUGCAAUAAUGUAAACUGUAUCGCAGUGUUUCUAUGUCUUAGCCAGCAGUGAAUAUAAUACAAUGCUUAUGACAAUGUACUACUGUUCAGUGUCUUGGGGAAAAAAGAAUAAAUUGGAGAAAAUGUA